AAAAUUCUUUGGAUUGAAGACAUAAGUAACGUCAGUCAUUUACGUCAAAAGUCAAGACUAGUGUCAAUUUGAGCAAUCAAAUCAAAAUAGACGAAAUGUUAUUCAAUCGAUGAACACACGUUUGUUUUUAUCUUUGUUUAGAAAAUAAAUUAUUAUUUAUAUUUAAGUGAAAGUUGCGUUAGUUAUUGUAUUAAAGUGUUUAAUUUUAUAUUACCGAGAUAAGUAAUCGAAAUAUAUUUAUUGUUGUUAUAAAUUUUACAUAACCGGUAACCAUGAGGGUUUAUUUGUUAAAAAGUGUGUCACGAGUGAUAGGCGCGAGAUUUUAUUCAACUCCUAAUUAUAAGAAAGUUACUCACUGUAUUUUCGACAUGGAUGGUCUUCUCCUUGAUACGGAACUAGUGUACAAGAAAAUGAUAACACAACUAUGUGCAAACUAUGGCCAUAAAUACACAGAUGAGUUGAUGAUGAAGGUACUUGGCGGUACAGAGCAGCGGCUAUCAGAGAUCCUAUGCAAAGAACUUAAGUUACCAAUAACACCCACUGAGUUUAGAGACCAGCUGCUUGUUCUAGGAGACACUAUGUUGGCUGGUGCACCUUUAUUAGAUGGUGCAGAAAGAUUAAUACGACAUCUCCAUGCAACCAAAGUUCCCUUCGCUUUAGCAACAUCAUCCAGCGCCCGAUCUGUUGACACCAAAAUAGCGCAAUACAAAGAACUGUUCUCAUACUUCCAUCAUAUGGUGAUGGGGAGCACGGAUAAAGAAGUCAAGUUUGGGAAACCACAUCCUGAUAUAUUUCUGGUAGCUGCUGCCAGGUUCCCUGAUAAACCUCAUCCUUCUAAGUGCCUAGUAUUCGAAGACUCUCCUCACGGCGUCACAGCGGGCAUGAAGGCAGGCAUGCAAACUGUCAUGGUGCCAGAUCCACACUUAGAUAAGAAGCUAACAACACACGCCACCAUCGUCCUACCAAGUCUAGCCAAAUUCCAGCCAGAACUAUUCGGACUGCCACCAUUCAAGAGUUAAAAAAAUACAAUAAAAAUAAUCAACCUGUGUAAUGCCUGAGUUUUUGGCGUUUUGAACUUUGUUAUUAUAUAAUUUUAAGUUCAAAUAUGAGUGGCACCUACAGUAAUAUUUUUAUUAGUAUUUAACGAUUUGAUUCUUUAUUUCUCUAACCUGUUGUAUAAAAGUAUACUUUUGUACACCUUCAAAUAAAAUACUGGCCCUUCUAACUUUUUUUAGUGUAAAAAUUCUCAAAAAAUUGGGCUAAAAUAAAAAUAUUCUAUUAGUUACAAUAAAUAGGUACUAGCAGUGCAUGAACAAGCAAUAGCUAACUUAUUUCUUAAAGAUAUUGUAAAAAAUAUACAUUUUUUGUAUCCAAUAUUCAUGACAUUUUAUUACAGGCACAAAACAGU